CUUCCCUCGCCGUCUCCGUCUUUUGGGCUCUCUUCCCUGGCAAGCCCCCUUCUCUCCCCUUUUCCCCCUUCUGCCGCCUGUCCGCCUAUCUUUUGUUCUCAGGGCAAUGUAAGGCGCGGCACCGUAAUUCCAGCCAUCCAGGGUGCAUUUACCAUGCCUUAACCCCCGACUGGCCCUUCCCAACUUUGGAAGUCACAUCUGAGUCGGAAGCAUUCCAAUUUUUUCUUUGCGCGUGCUCCAUCCACGCCAUCCCCCCUCAUCCUCCUCCGCCUUCCGACCUUUCUCUCGACCAGUGCCAUUUCUUUCUCUCUCAUUCGGCAUCAACAACAAAACAAGACAAACGCCUUGACGCUCGCCAGAGGUCUAGAGCAUAGACUCACAGUUGCUCUACUCAGAACGAACGGUCCAUUGGGCUGACCCGAGAACACGAAUUCGAUACCUGUGGCUCCCUCUGUCUGUCGACCUAGCUUCCUGGCAAAGCUAUCCUUCAACUUUGCCUGCGUUACCAUCCGCGGCUUGCAAUCUCUAUUGCCGGGCCCUUGACCCUACUUCACUUCACCUUGCCCGCUCUCAUUCGGGCUUGGAGGCUCAAGGCAAAGGCACCGCACCUCAACUCUCCCGUAUCUUACCGGUCGUCUCAUCUCGUCAUCGUCAUCCAACGGCUUGUUUGAGUUCGUCUUUCUUUUCCACCGGCAUCCCUCCCGGAGCCAUACACGCGUUCCGUACACCUCUCAUUGUCGUUGACAAACGGAUGGGCCACUGCCCGUAUCACAACUACUCCGCCAUACCGUACCGCCCUCUCUCAACUCUGUUUCUCUUAAUGCCCUCUCACUCUCCACAACCCGACGACAAAUCGCACCCGACCAAAACCCGCAAUCCAUGAAAACGGCCAUUUAGGGUCAGCCAACCCACAGCAGUCCGGGGCUUACCGCUUCAUUCUUCACUCUCUCCAAUUCUUGAUACACUUCUCAUCACCGCCUUUCUCAACAAAUCAUCUGUCUGCCACACGCGCAGACAACCGCAAACCAAGUAGCCAACCCAAGUUGCAGACUGCCUCUCACUUGCAGCUCUCUGCAUUUUGUUUGCGUUCCUACAAAUCGGCCAUUGAGCAAACCACAUCCCGAUCACGUCCGACUGAAUCGUAGAGCAACGACCAUGACCACCUCUCCUCGCUCCAGGUAAACUCACAUCGCACUUAGCAAGAUUGCCCUACACGGCGGGGCUGUCUUUGCCAAUCAGCGCUGCCUCCGCGAACCCUCUACUUCUGUCAUUCUAGUCUCCAGCCGUCUUUGCCGUUGACCGUCUGGUCUCGGUAAAGAACACAUUCGCUUCAAAUGGAUUUGCCAAAGGGACUCGUCAAAGACGACAGGCGGAUAUAUGAAGAUGUUGCAGCGCUCACGCAGCCUCUUCCGCCGGAUUUCAUCAUAAGAAUGUGGCGUCUCUACACCACAACAAAUCUCAAACUUGUUGAUCCAACCGCACGCCGCUUGGAAAAUCUGUGGUGGCAUGUCAUGGGCAGCGAUAGAAGUAAAUUGAAAGCUGCGACCGUGGCCAAGAUAUGGGAACACAUCUCCUAUGGUCCAACAUUUGUGCCUCUCAAAGGCUCGCCGAACCGCUGGGAGGGACCUUCGACGCCUCGUUUUAACAGCCAGCAUGAGUCUGAUCCGGUCCUCAGCGCUCAGCAAAUGAAUCAAGACAUUAAGAUGAUCUCUGAACAGUCGGCUCUGAAGGAGUUGUCCGCCUCAUCAUCUCGACCCCCACCACCACAUCCAAUUCUCAAGAAACAUAGGGGUGACUCGAAAUCUGGUCCUCGGCCGACAGCCCGGUUUGUGUCGCCUCACGAGUCUGCUGAUGAAGACUACCAAACUAGCGAUGAGACGUCGUCGGGAAGCACAGGCGCCAGUGGCCUGGAGAUGCGCACCUCAUCAGCAGUCUCCCCAGCAAAAUCGAGCAAGAAGAAGCCCUCAACACCAACGAAACGAUUUGUUGCAUCAGCGGCGGGUAAGAGAAGGCCAGUUCUGCCAAGGAGAAUGAGCUCGCAGUCGUCAACAAACUCCGACGUUGGGACCAAGGAGCCCGGUUCUGCCAACGGAGGCAAACAUGUGGGAACUUACAACGUGAUGCAUCCUCAUGCUGAAGAAAGUGCUAUCCUGAGCGUAUCCGGGUCAGAAGGAUUCGAAAUGCCGCCACCUAGCGCCAAAGCCUUGGGGAAACGACCAGUCGAAAGAUCUAUUUCGGAAUCUCCGAGAUCGGUGGGUAAUUCCCGACCUGCUGAAGAACGGCGGAAACCGGUCCUUGUACAAACAGCAAACCGCGCGCCAGCACCAGAGCCCUUGAGCAAAUCCGCAACCGACCGGUCGAGUCGCGAAGCUGGCACGGUCAAAGCCGGUGGUCCCAGGACGCCUACGUAUAUACCAACCGCAUCACCCGCGGUCUCAUCACCAAGAAUCGGGUCAUUCUCUUCGGCACGUUCUGGCUUUUCGGCGCCGCGUAUGGAGCGGGCACCGUCGAAUUCCGAGUCCUACCGACCGAGGGAGGCUAGCUUUGGUCGUGGUUCUGCGCAGGGGCUCAUAUCGAGCGCUACCGCGAGUACGUCGAACAUUGCAGCCAUGGGGCAGGUGACGAUAUCUGGUGAGCCGGAUCGACGUGCUCUGGAAACCUUGGAAGGCUUUCAGGACGAAGCUGGACCCAGGGGCAACCCACGCCGAAUUUCCUCCUCAUCGCACUUCGCGCCGACAAUGCCAAGCUCUACUCCCGAUGUGCCACUAGCAAGAACAAGAAGCCAGCUGACGCUACUGCUGGAGCGCGAGAAAGAGCGCACUGGGGAUAGGCCAAGACACAGGUCGUGAUCCCGACAGCCAAAAGAAAAAAAAAAAGUCUACUUUCAUGGCUCACAUAUAAUCCUAUGUACUAAUUCGCGAGGUAUCAACUGCAUUAAAAGGGGCUUCUGGAGUUCAUGGAACACAAAACGGGUGCAGUCGUUCGGAAGUGGAUGUCUUGCUUUCGACUGAGGUUGCCGCUACUGGUAGUUGCGUCUGCCACUGGCAAUACCGACCUUUUUGCCUUUUUUUCCUUUAUUCGUUUCAUCAGCUCGACGAUGCCGACCUUUAGGAAGAAGGUUUGGCGCAUUUGCAUCGCACGAGGCGUUUUCAUUACCGACGGUCACGGGGCCCCUUUCGCAGGGGAAACGCCUGACAUGCAUUACAGGAGGGGGGGGCAGCCACCAAAAAGGGUUCAUUGUAUGCGUUCACAGCGAUUCAACGGGCAGCGACGGGAUCAUUUGAAGUUCGAAAAGAGGAAAGACGAACGGCUUGCUCUUGGUGCGCCAUCAUUUUGUCAGCGACCCACCGAGCUCUUACUAGCGAGCCAUUCUAAUGAGAAG